AUGUGGCCUAAGCGUGUGCUGAGGAACGUUCUAGAGGGAGUCAUGGGACGGAUUGUGGAACUGAAGGAUGAGAUGGUGAGCAUAGAUUCGUCCGAGUUCCAAUUCUUCGACGACAUUCUCUCCGAUCUGAAGCUCGCACCGGAACAGAUAGAUAUCCCUGUGCCACGAUACUUUGUGAGGGAGCGUCAGAAUGAGUUGCAGAAGAGGGAGAAGAUCAUCACGGACCAUCUGGAGCGGCUUGGAUUCCCAGACAAAAAGUUGCAAAAGUUGGAGCCGAAGAUGACGCUGGAGGAUGCGAUACAGAUGAUACAGAUCCACGAGCGCGCGCGCCAGGGCCGACUCAGGGCGAAGUUCAUGCAGCAGAUCAGGAAGAGGGAGGAGCGCGAGAAGAAGAGGAGGCAGCACGGCGCGCCCACGAUCGACAUCGCCGUCGCCGCGACCAAGAUACAGAAGGUGUGGAGAGGUAACCAGGGGAGAAAGAUGGCAAGGAAAGAGAAAGAGCUGGAGUUCAUAUUUCUGGGAAUGGUGCCGCCACCGCCGUCCAGCAGCGGCGCGCAGACGCCGGAGCACGUCGCGCGUAAGAUCGAGGCAAACCGGCGCGCUCUGCAGGCGCAGUACGAGCGCGACUACGAGCAGGCGCUCGACACCAUCAAGCAGAUGAUCCGGCAUCAGGAGGGUGCCGACAUGCGGGAGGCCAUGCAGGACCAGAUACGCAAGUGGAUGCUCGAGUUCAGAGACAAGACGGGAAAGUUCCCCGAAUAUCCGGAUGUGGAGGACGGAGGCUCGGCAUCAAUAUUCUGCACAAAGAAACCGGAUGAACUUGACAGCGAGCAGGCAGGGGAAGGGGAAAAGGGGAAGAAAGGCGAAGAAAAGGGGAAGAAAGGCAAGGAUAAGGGCAAGAAAGGCAAGGGCGACGACGGCAGCAGCAAAGCAAACGAGAUGCAAGAGUCGAAAUUUGUCCCCGAGAUCGUGAAAGCCUGUGUGACAGACAAGACGGGAAAGUUCCCCGAAUAUCCGGAUGUGGAGGACGGAGGCUCGGCAUCAAUAUUCUGCACAAAGAAACCGGAUGAACUUGACAGCGAGCAGGCAGGGUACGCGUGUCUGCCGCUAGGUUCCAAGUUUGUCCACGAGAGGGCGCCACACAUCACCUCAAUGAUUCUCGUCGGACCGCGCGGCACGGGUAAGCGCAUGCUGGUCGACGCCAUCUGCACGGACACCGGCGCCACCUUGUUUGAUCUCACCGCGGAGAACCUAGGCGACCGGUAUCCGGGGAAGAAGGGCCUGGAAAUGUUAUUGCACCUUGUCUAUAAGGUUGGAAAGCACUAUGCGCCUUCGGUCAUAUAUGUCGGAAAUGCAGAGCGACUCUUCGCGAAAAAGUCAGAAGCCUCCGAGACGUGCGACCCGAAGAGGCUCAAGAAGGACCUUCCCAAGCUGGUGAAGAAGUUUGUGCCGGGAGAGCGUGUGCUGCUUGUCGGUACGUCGCGAGCUCCCUUCGACGCCGACAUCAAGGGAAUCCUGGCAACGUUCCAGAAGAUCGUGCUGCUGCCGAGACCGGACUACGCGUCCAGGUUCGUUCUCUGGAAGUCGCUCAUUAAGAAGCAUGGCGGCCGGCUGGACGCGAAGUUCGACCUCAGCUCUCUGUCCAAGGUGUCCGACGGCUACACGUCCGCCCACAUCAACAUCGCGGUGAAGGAGGUGCUGACAGAGAGAAGGCUCAUACAGCAGCAUAUGAGAGCUCUCACCACGGUCGAGUUUACCGUGACACUUGCGAAGAUCGACCCCAUCUACAGGGAAGAGGAGGAAGCUUUCAAGAACUGGUACAGCAAGACGCCUAUGGGGAAGAAACGCUUCAAGGAGACGGCCGGGGCGCCGGGCGACGACGAGGAGAAGGAAAAGAAGCGCAAGAAGUCCGCAAAGAAGAAGUGAGGCGGUAGGUGGCGCCGCCGGGAGACACGCGCGGACACGUCACGUCGGUGUUUGGAUUGGCGGGCGCUCUCGCCCCGAAAUUAAACGUGAUUAUGAACUGAAGCAGAAGGAACGUACUCCGAGAUGCGUUUCCAUGACGACGACGUUUUUUUAUUGCGAGGCAGGCGAAUUUUGUCGUCGCCAUGACGAUGUCAUUACUUGCGAGGUGGAUUUUGUCGUCGCCAUGGCGAUGUCAAUACUUGCGAGGUGGAUUUUGUCGUCGCCAUGAAGAUGUCAUUACUUGCGAGGUGGAUUUUGUCGUCGCCAUGGC